AAUAUAUGGGAAAUGUUGUGAUUUGGUUUCAGAUACAUGAAGAGGCUAGGAAGUUUGCAUAUCAAACAGGGGUUAAGGUGGUUGUUGCUUAUGGCGGAGCUCCAAUAAACCAUCAGCUACGAGAUCUUGAGAAGGGGGUGGACAUUCUCGUCGCAACUCCUGGAAGACUGGUAGAUUUGCUGGAGAGAGCUAGAGUUUCACUUCAGAUGAUCAGAUAUCUUGCACUAGAUGAGGCAGAUAGGAUGCUAGAUAUGGGUUUUGAGCCACAAAUAAGGAAGAUUGUUGAACAAAUGGAUAUGCCCCUCCAGGUGUAAGACAGACUAUGCUAUUCAGUGCCACAUUUCCUAAAGAG